AUGAUGGAAAGAGAUGGUGGUGUUGGAUGGGGAUUGAUUUUGGUGAUCUGGGUGUUCCUGAUCUCACAGCCCUUACGGCUGGCAGGCUGGCUGGCUCAUGCUCUGUCCGAGAUGGAUCCCUUCUUCCCUCAGACUCAGGCUCUCAGGCUCUCAGGCUCUCAGGCUCUCAGGCCCUCAGGCUCUCAGGCUCAAGCUCAGGCUCAAUCAGGCUCCGCUCCUGUUAUCAGCUCUCGCCUGUCGCUCGGUUCCGGAUCAACUGCCCCUGCCGCCCCCGAUGCGCUAGUCUGGAUUGGAUGGGAUCCGCAUCUCGUUCCUUCACUGACUCUCAUCUUCAUUUCUCAUUCAUCCAUCCAUUCAACAUCAACAACGAACGAGAUGCCAUUCGAGGCGAUGCAAUAG